GGGACACCCCGGGGGAUGCUCCGGGGCAGCUCCGGUCUCCUUGAGAGAGGGGAGUGCCUUUUAGGCAGCUCUGAGGUCUCCCGGGAUGCUGCGGGACACCCCGGGGAGGCUGCGGGGCAGGCGGCGGGGCAGCCCCGGGGAUCCCCCCGGGGGGGAAGCUGCGGGCUCCAUCCCACCGGGGCGGUGCCGCCGCCGCUGCCGGGGGGGCCGAGCCGGUCCCGCCCCCGCCCCGCCCGGUCCCGCCUCCCGCUCCUCUAUCGCCGCCGCCGCCGGAGCCGCCGCCGCAGCCGCGGAGCCGCGAAGCAGCGCCGGCCGGGCCGGGAUGUGACGGGGCGGCCGCCCCGCGCCCGCUGCGCCGCUGCCCCGGGCCCGCGGGCCCCGCGCCCCGGGAGGCUGUCGGGGGGCGGCGGCGGCGGCGGGUCCCCCCCCGCCGCCCCCAUGUCGGAGGGGCCGCCCUACGGCGAGGGGCAGCUGGCGGGGGACGCGGCCGUGGGGCAGCUGCCCUUCCCCGUUCGCCUCCGCGGCGGCGACGGGCUCCUGGCCGGCGGGCAGGGCAAGCGGCCGCCCAAGCUGGGGCAGAUCGGCCGCAGCAAGAGAGUGGUGAUUGAAGACGAUAGAAUUGACGAUGUGCUGCAAAACCUCUCCGAAAAGGCCCCUCCCGGUGUUUAAAGCCUCCCUGGGGAUGCUGGGCUGAAGCCCGGGUCGGCGGGGGGAUCGGGGGGGCCGGUUUACAAUGGCAAAAAAUACACCACCCCCACCCCCCCCAGCACCGCAGCGACCACCCGAGCGAGCACCGGGAGCGCCGUCCUCGCCCUCCUGCAGUCCCACAGCACCACCACGGCACGUCCUGCCCUCCGGAGGCGCCUGGAGGGGAGGGCAGCGAGCGAGGCAGACCCCAGAAAUGAAUGAAAAAAUAAUAAAUUAAGGGAAAAAAAAUAUAUGAAAUUACGAAAAUAACCACCGGCUCCAAACCCCCCCAACCCCGAGGGAUGAACGGAGGUGUCACACCGCGGUCUGAAUUACUCCAGAUUGCUUUUCUCGGGCUGAUGAACCUUGUGCCGUGUGAAAUUUUGGGGUGGGGUGGGGUAAGAGGAAAAGGGACAGCAAAAAAUGGGGGGAGGAGCAGCCCCCGGGGUCUCCCCCCCUGGCCAGGGCUGUUCCCAGCGGGCACUUUGUUUACAUUAUUUAAUCUUGCAAAAAUGAAUCCGUGCACUUGGAUGUACCACGCUAUCCCCUUCCGUAUGAUUUCUUUUUUUUCUUUUUUUGGGGGGUUGGUUUUUUUUUUUUUUUAUGUUGAUGUCUUUGGAUGUUGGGAAAUUAUAUAAAAUAGAUAUAUAUAUAUAUUUAAUUUUAGUCACGUUUUAAGGUUCUCGAGGGGGGAAAACCAAAACUUUUAUAAAGGAAAGGCCUGGAGGAGGAAUUGCUGGUUUAUUUUUUAAAGCUUGUACUUCUUGGUUGCUGUGAGCAAAGGGACAGAUUUUAUAUGUACAGGGGGGUGGGGGGAACGCUCGGCUUUUCUAACUACAUGCAGUCUGUAGUGUGGGUGAUCUUGGUUUCUUUUUUUUUUCUUAUGUUGUGGCAGUUUCCUCUCUUUAAUAGACUGUAUUAAAAAUAUAUAUAUAUAUAAAAUUAUUUAAUGUAAUCACAAGAGUGCCAAACACUUGGAGAUGCUGGAGGGCAGCGGUUCCCUCCCCGAGACGAGCAGUACUCGGGGCUUUCUGCUCUUUCUAGGGCUUGGUCGAUCUCUCGUGGGGUUUUCUCUGACUUCUCUUUUCUAAUCUUUCUUUUUAACUAUUUUGCAUGAUGUGCAUAAAAAAAAAAAAAAAAAAAAAAAGGGAAAAAAAAAAAAGCGCCUCUGGCGCCUGGGCUUGGUUCUUGUUUCUGUUUGCGAUUGACUGACAGACCUCAAGGCAGGUUUUUCUUUCCUCCUUUUCUUAAAUAUUGUGUAUGUUGCACUUUUAUCCACUACACAGGGCUAUUUCUGCAAUGUCCAAAUAAAAAGGAAAAUGAAACAAAAUGGGAAAAAAAAAAAUAAUAAUUUAUAAGUGCGGAUCUGCCGUGUUGUCCCGCGUGCUGCCAGGGCCCAGUGAGUGUCCCUCCCUGUCCUCCCAAAUAACCCCAAAAUAACUAAGGAAAACCUUGCCACUCUCCAGCAUAGACCCCUGUUCAGGCUGAAUAAUUAAAUUUAACUAAUAUUUA